AUGGCCAAAGCCUCUGUUGUGUUGAGUUUUCACGAGAUACUUCUGCAUAGAUCAGAUAUUGCUCUACUCGAGGGCCCCUUCUGGCUCAAUGACACUAUUAUAUCAUUUUACUUUGAAUAUCUUGAAAAAGUACUGUUUAGUGAUGCAAGAGAGUUGCUGUUUGUUUCGCCAGAAGUAACACAAUGUAUAAAAAUGGUGCCAUCAGAAGAAAUUAAGAUUUUCUUAGAGCCCCUCGGCAUUGGCAGCAAGAAGUUUAUGUUCUUUGCCCUGAAUGAUAAUGACUCCCCGGACAUGGCGGGUGGCUCUCACUGGAGUCUGCUUGUGUAUUCGAGGCCGGAGUCUUGCUUCUUCCACAUGGACUCUUCAUCAGGGAGCAAUCACAGUGUGGCCUGGGACUUUGCAAGCCAUUUGAUUACAUACUUUUCAAGAGGAGCUUCAAUAAAUUUUGUAAAUAAGGACUGCCUGCAACAGAGCAACGGCUAUGAUUGUGGCAUACAUGUCAUCUGCAAUACUGAGAGACUUGGAGAUUAUGCCCGCAGACAUGGCAAGAUUGGCUCAUGUGACCUACUUGUUAAAAUCAAUCCUAGCUCCAAGAGGAGAGAUCUUCUUCAAAUCAUUGAAUCUCUAUCUAGUUCUUAG